UUUCGAAGAAAACGCCAGCAAGACUCGGACAGGUGCCUUUCAUCAUUUCCAAAUUGUUUGCUUGUAUCAGUCGUCAAAUCGUGUGCUGCGAAUCACUAAUGAAAAUGUUCUAUGUGUGUGAUGGUCAUGUCUAGUCAGUGUUUCACCGGUUUGCAGAUUCAGACAGAUCACAAGGCCAUUGCAUUGCGUUUGAUUGGAAAACUACACUACCCGCUACCGUUAUCGUCAUCAUGGAUCCGUGUCCAUCAACCUCGAACUCGCGGCAAGUUGACCCUGCUCUGCAACGCAAGGCUUCGAGUUGUACAGCUUCUACCAGCUCCAGCUGUUCGCUUGAGCACAGUACCGGUCCUGUAAAGAAACGGGUUCGUCGUACUCAGGAACAGAUGCGUGUUUUUCGACUCGGGCAGCUGAAGAAGCAGGAGCAGGUUGAAGUUGAAGGGUUGAACCACAUCUCGCGCAAAAAUUCAUCUAUCCCGGGCAGCUCGAAUCCAUUCUUAUCGCCCUCCGAUUAUGAGUUGGUUUGUACUUAUCUCGAGACGGGGGACAAUUACGAUAUGUUGUUUGGCGAUGGGGGCAAAAGCCAAGCAGGACGACCUAUGACAAAGGCGGCCGCAUUCGACCUCUUUGCAACCUUUAUCAACCAGCGCAACCCCAGACUGCACCUCACCGGACGACAGUUACAACAGCGUUUAUCGACUUAUAAGCACAAGUACUCAAAGGCAAAGGAGCUUCAGCAUUUGAUUACUCAGAACCCUGAUAUGGCCAACAUUUUACGAAUACCAGACGUCACCCAACGAAUGAAUGAAAUGUGCCCUUGCUUUCAGCGACUGGAGAGAAUCCUUGAAUCAGCCAAAAAUCUUGGGAGGGAGCUCCGCACUCCGAAUAACGCAUCCGAUCCGCUGUCCAACCAUCCCCAAAAUCCAAACGAGCCACACGCUGCCUCCAAGGGACAGAGUUUCCAUCCAACUGCGGAAAGUGGCGCGCCUCAGGAACAUCAAAAUCCAUUUGGCCGACACCAUUGUGGAACUGUCAAUCACACUAGUCUUGGCGACCAGCCUCCCCAACAACAACGAGUCAAUAACACGAUCAGCUUAAUGAUGGACCAAGAAGAUCAUGUGGACAGACAUCAAGAGGUAGAACAACAAAUGAAUCCUAAACCUCGAUGUCGAAAGUUCAAAGUGAGUGCUGGGAGAUGUCGAAGCAGGAAAAAUAUCACCCUCGAAGCUGCCUUCGAUCGCAAUUCAACAUUAAGAUUUCGUCAUUUAGAGAAACGAUUGGAAUGGGAAAAGGAGAAAUUCGCUCAGGAAUUACAGUUCAAGAAAAUCGAACUCCAGUGGAGAGAAACCCAAAGUAAGAAUCGGAGUCUUUUGGCCGAAAAAUGGUUGGGAGAAGGUAAAACGGCAUCCGAAAUACAAAUCCUCCUCAGCUCAAUUUACACAACUCAAGAAGCCCCAACAUCGAAUCUCUAACACGUGAAGUGGGUGUAAUUGUAUAUAUAACUAUACCAAGUUUUUUCGGCUAUGAAUCUGCCUACACACUUCUGAAGGAUAAAAAAGCAUCACGAACUCCUGUUCGUUUUACCUCUCGUCACCUAUCCCCUUGUACUACUUUUUUGUCUAGAUUUUAUCUUGAAUUCGAUUGGAUGUUUAUUGUUUGGCAGAGGGUGAACACAGAAAGUGUUAGUAGCGGUUGCCGGGGCCUCCUUCUUGUUGCAGAUGGUCAAAUGUUCAAUCCCAAGAGGUUCUUU